AUGCUUGCGCCAGAUGGCCUUGAAGGACGGAGUGACCUUCUGACGCGCGAAUACAGAGAUAGAACUCGAGAAGCGACAGACAGUGAAAAACUCCCCAAGGACGUCAUCUCCUGGCUCCUCAAGGCCAUUGAGGAGAAAGACCCGAGCGCCCCGCCAGGCGAUCAAGCGCUUAACGAAGAUGGCCGUCUCAUGAUCAUCGCUGGAAGUGACACCACCGGCACAACCCUAGCCCACGCCCUCUACUUUCUGGCUAAGACCCCUUCUGCAUACAAAAAACUGCAAAAGGAACUGUCUGAAGUCUUUGGAAAAGCCGCGGAGCCUUCGCAGUUUACCAACAGCAAGCUUCAAAACCUCCCUUAUCUCGAAGCUGUCAUCAACGAGACCCUCCGCCUCAAGCCCGCUGUGCCAAGUGGUCAGCCUAGGUUAACUCCACCGGAAGGUCUACAGAUUGACGAGGUCUGGAUCCCAGGUAACACGAUCGUAGUGCUUCCGCAGUAUGUCCUCCAUCGCGACGAGCGCUAUUUUCCCUCCAGCUUGGAAUUCAUUCCUGAGCGGUGGCUGGAUGAGAAGAACAACUUGGUCAAGCACGAGGAAGCUUUCUUCCCAUUCCAAUUAGGUCGAUAUGGCUGCGUCGGGAAACAAUUUGCGCUCAUGGAACUUCGAGCCGUCAUCGCACGGGUGGCAUACAACUUCGAUCUCGCGUUCGCGCCUGGGGAGACUGGAGUGUCGUUUGACGAUGAUUCAAAGGACACGUUCACUUUUAGUAUUGGGUCUUUGCCUUUAGUUUUCACCGAGCGAUCAGAAUAG